CGCUCCGGGCCUGCCGCCGCAGCCGCCGCAGCCGCAGCCGCUCCUCCUCACCGGGCCCUGUCGCCGUCACCUCCGCGUCCUCUCUCCGGGACUCAGACAACAUGGAGCCGCGCUCCGUCCUCCGCCUGCCGGCUCUCCUGCUUCUCUCUGCCGCCUGCCUGCAGCCCAGCUCCGCUGCAGCGUCCAGGACCGGACCGAGAGUCACGGAGAAGGUCUUCUUCGACAUCACAGUUUCAGGUCACGAGGUCGGACGCAUUGUCAUUGGCCUGUUUGGAGAAGUCGUUCCUGUUACUGUCAACAACUUUGUUGCCCUGGCAACAGGAGAGAAAGGGUACGGCUACAAAGGCACCAAGUUCCACCGAGUCAUCAAGGACUUCAUGAUCCAGGGAGGAGACUUCACGGCCGGAGACGGAACCGGAGGUCACAGCAUCUACGGAACAACUUUCACUGAUGAGAACUUCAGACUGAAGCACUUAGGAGCAGGCUGGGUGAGCAUGGCGAACGCUGGUCCAGACACUAAUGGCUCUCAGUUCUUCAUCCUGGCGGCCAGAGCGCCGUGGCUGGACGGGAAGCACGUGGUGUUUGGGAAGGUCCUGGACGGCAUGUCUGUCGUUCACACCAUCGAGCUCCAGGACACCAAUGACAGGAACCUUCCGUACACCGAGUGUGUGAUCGUCAACAGUGGGAGGAUCCCCGUCAAGGAGCCCUUUGUGGUGGAGGUUGAGGGCUGGUAGACACACACACACACAUAUACAUACACACUCCAAAUUCUAAGUGUGCCAAAAUCACUUUUUUCUAAAUGCUAAUCUGCUAGCGUUAGCAGGGUAGCGUGGGGGUUUUGAUCGUGUUGAACAGAAAGUGAAACAAUUUCAAACUGUAGCAGAUUUUACUAGCUGUCUAAGUGUCCAUACAUCAAGGAGGAAGCCAACACCAUCAUGUUUUACUUGCUAACUCAGAAACCAUGGAUGUUGGGAGGCUAGCAGAGACAAAGAACACACUUUCGAAACACAUGUUUGACACACAGAACUGGCUAGUUGCUAAUGUAGCAUAAUGCUAACUUUCUGGUGCUGCACUGAUCCCUGCUGUUCAGAUGUUAUCUGAGAUAUUCUAUCAAGUUCUCAGAUCAAGUGGAUCAGAUCAGUUCCAUAUUUGUAAAUAUUGAAAAAGUUGGAUUUAUUGGAUUAAAACAGCACAAUUACAUAUCGUGACAUAAAUCUGGCGCUAAUUGAACUGUCAACAUCGGUUAGCAUCUCCCUGCCUGCCUUUGCUACAAUCUACUGCAAUUCUUCCAUUGUUCAUUCACGUUUUAAAGAAAACACUUUAUAAUCAAAGUUAAGUUUAUUUGUCACAUUUGUUCCUUUCAGGAGCUUAAAUGUUGCUGCUAAUAAGCUAAUACUGUUAGCUUGGAAACAUAUCUGUGGUUUGAUGUCCACUGUGAGACUUUCAGCUUUGAAAGAUUUUCUUCCUGAUGCUACCUUGAAAAUGCAAUAACUUAUUUAUUUGAUAAAUGAUGUUAAAUAUACAAAAAAAAAACUUUGUAGCUUCCAUUUAACUGCUAGCUAGUAGACAUGAUGAGAUGCAUGAGGAGAUUUAAAUGUCAUUUAAAGGACUGUGUAUGAGUAAGUCUUUAAAUAGUGCUUCUUAUUUUGCUAGCCUUACUGUUACUUUCAAAAGCUUCUAGCUUUUAUUUUUUUAAUCACAUUCUCCACAGCCUGGAUUUUUGAAUUCAUAUGAAAAAACACAGAAAUAUGUGUUACUCGGUUAAUCUUAAACAUGAUGGCAAAAAACUUUAAAAGUUCAGAAAAAAGUUUGAGCAAUGUUGAGAAAAUUGAAAAAAGAAAGUAAAAACUGCUAAAAUAAUGGAAGGAAAAGUCAGAAUGAGAAUUAAGUGUGAUGAAAUCGUGAAGUCUCUGGAAAGGGUUAGCACAUAUUGUGAAUGAUAUUGUUUCAUAUCUUCUGUUUAUACUUUGUAGUAUGCUAGCUCCUUAGCAUCUUCAUCCUAUAGCAUGGUCAUUAAAUGUCACAAUUCCAACUUUACUCAGUUCAAAUCUGAUAUUUAAAGCGGAAUGGUCGUUUUUACAAUCUGGACCUUAUUUCACAUUCGAAACAACACCAUUUACUCACCCCUUUGACUUUCAUGUGAUUUGCAGUUGGUUCGGAGAUAAUUAGGUACUCCCAUAUCCAUAUAACGGCAGCGGGCGGGGCACAUGCAGCCAUUACAGACACUCAUUUCUCUUAUGUU